AUGUCAGCAGUGAGCUUAUCCCUGUCUCACCAAAUCACUGCUAUCCGGCUAUUGGCCGAAUCCCUCAAUGAGGCAACUCGCACCACCACUGCAUUACCGAACCAAGCCCACAAUGAGCUUACUUUACUCCUGACCGUUCUGAAUGCAACCGAGACAUAUUCUUCAUUGUUUGAAGCCGACUGUCCCCAUUCGCCUGUCCUAGCCAAACGAUUGCAGAGCUGUCAUGGUGUUUUGGUGGACUUGCAGAAGCUUCAACUUCGUCCCGAUGUUUUCGGUGCGCAAAGUCAGAUCAAUGAGAUUCGGGGGAGCCUUUCGUCUCUCAUAUUUGCAAUGAGCGAUAUCAACACGAAUAUGAUGAUGUUUGUUACUCCUACAACAUCUCAAAAAAGUAUCAAUGAAGCUCUGAAGAGUAUUGAUCUGGAUUCAUCGGCUGCAUCUGACAUAUUGAAUGACGAUAUUGCAAAAGCUGAGGCUGACCAGGCAUGGGCGCAAUUACAACAUUGGUUGGACAUUGCUGGUGUCAGCCCUAAAUUGUCGACUCAGAAUCGUGAAUACAUCAUCUCGGCACUCCGGGAGAUGAUCAAAAGCGAGAGAAGAACUUCCAUCGAUACAGCAGCAGCUUCAGAAGAUAUCUCAACACCUAGCCAUGAGACACUGCCUUCCAGUCACAGGACAAGCUUGAGUGAUACCAUUGACUCACCGAAAACCGAACUCAAUGGACCUCGAAAUAUUCCUCUUCUACCAAGAGACACCAAACCACCCCGAAGGAAACCAGUGUAUUCACAUGGCUCUCCAAUAACACCAGUCGUGGAAGAAAACCUCCCAAUCCCCGUGCUCUUUCAAAUCCAAGACUCCGCCGGUAUCAGAGGCCAACCUCCACCACGCGAAGACCUCCCGAUACCAACCUGGACAGAAUCAGCAACAAAAAGCAUGGUUUCAUCCACAGAGCACACCAGCCAAACCAACACCUCUACACCCUCAAUCUCCACCAUCCCCGAAACAAACCCAACAACCCUCGACCCAACCCUCCCGACCCUAAAAGUAAUCCAAAACAAAAAGACCAACCGGAUGAGCCGCCUCAUAUUCCAAAUGACAAACUCCAAAGAAAAACUCAUAACCCCAAUCCAAAAAGGCGACCUCCAAACCGUAACAGCCCUCCUAACAAAAGGCGCCAACACAAACGCCACAAACAGCUCAGGCCACACCCCCCUAAUGGCAGCGGCCUCCUACGGCCACGAGCAAAUAGUCCGCGUCCUACUCGAGUUCGGCGCAAACCCAGAAACUCAAUCCACAACUGGCGAGACAGCGCUGGGUGCCGCCGCCGCCCGCGGCUUCGAACAAAUCACACGCAUCCUCAUCGCCAGCGGCGCAAACCCCAACACCGGACAAGGAAACGGCAAGACGGCAUUAUCCCAAGCCGCGGCGUUUGGCCAGGACCGCAUUGUGGCACUUCUCCUGGACUGCGGGGCUGAGAUCAAUGCGCUGAAUGUUUUGGGCCGGACUGCGUUGGCGCUUGCGGCGGCAAAUGGGAAUAUCAGAGUCGCGCGGGUUUUGCUGGAUCGGGGGGCGGAUGUUGGGGGUAUGGGGGGUACUUGGCAGUCGCCUUUGCUUGAGGCUGUGAGGCGGGAUUAUGUUGAGAUAGUGGUGCUUUUGAUGGCGCGGGGGGCGAAUCCGGGUGUUGUUGGUGUGUUUCAGAGUCAUGAGACUGCGUUGGCUUGUGCUGUGAGAUUGAAUCGGGUUCGGAUCUUGGGGGUUUUUAGGAGGUAUGGGUAUGAAGGUUGUCCUGUUCAGUAUUUUUGA